AAAAUCUACCUGAUAAUACUACUACGUUAACAAACGAAAAAUUAUUUUCUGAUGAUGACCCAAAGAAUUGGCCUAUAAAAAAGAAAUGGCUGGUUUUGAUCAUCGUAACAAUUUCUGGAAUGUUGGCGCCAAUUUCAAGCACGCAA